AAGAUAUGGGGCACACCCCCUUAUGGGCAUCCUAAAGACAGGGUAUAUAAACACACCAUUGAGGAGGUUGAGUUGAGUUCGGAGGAGGGCAUAUUGGCAUAAGCAGUGGGAGAGAGAACUCAGUGGGAGCUCGGAACUUCGUUGAAGGCUGUAGCAUCCAUGAUCUGACCGGAUCAGCACACAGAUCAACUCCUUGCGCAGGGAGUUUGGCUCAGGUACAUGCCCAUGCUCUCUCCCCCCCUGAAACCGGUCACUGCUGCUGACUCAGGAACACCCUCGUUCUGAUCCCGUGGACAAGCAUGAGCAGUACACCCAUUUUCCUGCCUGGCCCUCAGCAGGACAUCUCAGACUUCUGGACAGAUCAGGAGACAAUGUUUCCAGAUGGAGCUAACCAGCUCAAAACCCUGACACUCACCUCCGUGGCCCACCAAAGCCAGACUCUGCCUCAGCACUCAUAUCCUCUCUCCAGGGUGAACACACUCCAUGCCUGUCCUGAGCCCAAAGGUUCAGAGAAUGACUCAGAGGAGGGUAUCACUUAUGCCUUGGACCACACGGCAAUGCCGGCCGAUGAGGAGAAGAUGCUUCUGCUGCACAAGAAUAUAGAGCUUCAGAGGCUCAACAAACAGCUUAUGAAGCUGAAUCAGGAGUGGAACCACAUGUACCACGUGACUACCUUCCAAAUGCAGCAGAAGAUGAGCAUCCUGCAAAUGGAGGUGGUUGACUUCAAGCAGCAGGCAGAGCGCCUGACCAUACAGCUCGACCAGGAGCAGAACAAGAAGGAGUACUACGAGCAAGGCUUUCUCCAAGAGCUUGAAAAGAACCUGCAGCUCCAGGAAUACGUGAGGCACCUUGAGAACAAACUGCAGCAGAAUCAUGAGAGCUGCCCCAUGGUGAAUUUCAUGGAAGGCUAUGGUGCUUCUCCAAUCCUGCUGACCAGGAAGCACUUACAGGACGAUGCCCAGUGCUGGCACGGGCUAGGCAAUGCCAAGGUUCCGAAGACUAUAUACUGUAGGCACCAGCUGGACAUCUCCAACUCAGAGAGAGAGAUGACUGACCUGAUCAAUCAGAUGGAGGCCUUGAAAUGCCAGACUGAAAUGCUUGAAGCUAAUUCCCUGACAGAGCGAAUGAAAGUAGAAAAUGAAAACCUAUGCAAGAAGGAAGAGGAGAUGAGGCAGCAAAUGGCACUUCUGCAAGAACAGCUCAAGACCUUUGAAGAUGACUUUAGGAAGGAUUGCACUGACAAGCAUAUUUUCCAAAGUCUCCUGAACAAAUCUCAUGGCAGAAGCCCCACCACUGGGGCCUGUGAGUACAGUGACACGGAGAAGUUUGCUGCCUCUUCCACAGCCACCUCCACCAGGCCUAAGUCAGGCGGCUGCAAGCCAGUGAGCAGCUUACAGUGAAAUGCAACGAAGGCACAAAAUCCUCUAAGAAGCAGGAGCCUGAGGCCCAGGUGACCCCCUUAUACUGAGACUUUUAGGAAGUCAGAGUGGGCAAGCCCGGCAGGUAGCUUACCCACCUUCCCCAACCAUUUUUCUCAAAGCUAAGACGAACAUCUAUAUACUGAGCACCUACUGUGAGCAACAUUUCCUUGACUGUGGGGCAUUGUCUUUCAAACUCCCACACUCCCCACCCAAAGGCUGAGAAUGCUCCUUCUAGCUUAAGUCAAGUAGCAUUGUACUCUGUGACAGGAAAGCCUGCUGUGGACAGCAUUUGGCUUCCAGGCAGUGCAUGACUCCAACUGCAAAAGAGUCAGUAGGCAGAAAAGAAGCUCCAACUGAAAACUAAACCAGCAGAGAAUAGAAAUCAGUAUCCUUUGAAUUUAUAGUUUUAGGAAGAAUUCAUAACUAAGACAAGUACAGAGGGGAUCACAAUAGACAAAAUAGAUUUUUGGGGGUGAUUAUAUGAAACGUAAGAGCUUUUGCACUAACAAAAAUCAACAUAAUAACAUUAAAAAGAGAAACUACUGAUUGGAGAAAAAAAAAUCUUCAUAGCAUAUAUCUCUGAUAAAAGUCUGAUAGCCUAGAUUUAUAUAGAAUUGAUACAAAUGUAUAAGACCAAGAACCAUUCCCCAAGAGAUAAGUGGUCAAAGAAUAUGAACAAAGUUUUCAAAAGAUGAAAUGUAAAUGAUCAAUGACUACAUGAAAAAUUGCUCUGUAUCACUAAUAAUAAGAGUGAUACAAAUCAAAACAACUCUACCAUUUUAUAUCAUACCCAGAAGAUUGUCAACAAUGAUAAAAAAAUGGAAAUAGUUAAUGUCGGAGGGGCUGUUAUGGGCAGAAAGGCCCCAAAAUACAUCAUUACUGGAGCUGGGAAUUGGGCCAAUUGUUCAGGAAAACAACUCUGGACUCUGCUAUAAAGAUAUCCCAUUGUUUAGAUCCUUUGACACAGUGAUACAAUUUUGCUGGGCAUUUAGCACAAGGUCAAAGACUGAGGGAAAUGUCCUGAACACACCAAAAUAUUUAGAGCAACAUCUUUUGUGGUAGCAAGAAACUGGAAACAGGGCAGAUGCCCAUCCCUCGGGGAAUGGCUGGACUAGUUGUAGUGUGUGAAUGCAACAUAAUGUUAUUUCUCUGUAAGAAAAACUAACAUGAGCUUUAAUUGAAUGAAAUGGAAUUGCUAGGUAUUGUUAAUUGACCUUCUCUCUUAAGUUGUCUUUACUAGAGCCAUGGUUACCAGGUAUUUCAUAGAAGUGGAGCUCCUCUUGCCAUUUCUCUUUAGAAGCCCUGAUUUUCAGGAGAAUUGA